GAACCUGGUAACCAACAAAAACACCGAGAGUUGCAUCAACUGCACUUGACGGAUGAAUGCUGGACGCACUUCCACUAUCUUAAGUGACGUCAUCAUUGACCUAAAUUAUACUGCUUUGACGUUUCAAGGUCAAGAGGAGUCGCUUCCCUUGGUUCUUAAGGCUACUUUGACCAUUCUCCUGGUUUUCGUGAUCGUUAUCGGAUGUGUGGGAAAUUUAAUCGUCUGCUUAAUUGUUUACAAAAAUCCCGCCAUGAGAUCAGCUAUCAAUAUCUUGCUGGCCAAUAUGGCAUUGACAGAUAUUUUUUUAUCAGCAGUCUGCAUGCCUCCUAAAAUACUGAUGCUAUUCUCGGAGGACAAGAUCAUUGACACCGUCCCGUGUCAGAUAUUUGCCUUUCUCCAGGAAACAUUUGUGUCAACUGGAAUUUUGACUCUUCUUACUAUUAGCAUGGAUCGUUACCGAAUCAUUGUCAAACGUCGUGACAAACUCACCACUGCGCAUGCCAAGAUUCUGACAGUUUUGUCAUGGGGAUUAUCGAUUCUUUUGACGUUUCCGCCGCUGAUUGGUUGGGGUAAAUACAAAUUUUACCCAAGGCACUCGCAAUGCAUCUAUGGAAUUCAUAGUAGCAAUUUUGAAUUGAUUUAUUUGAUAUUGAAAAUUUGUUUUAUUAAUUUCUUUCCCAUCAUUGCCAUGGGUUUUUCCUACUUUGGGAUUAUUCAUAAAGUACGAAGAGAUGCAUUGCGCAUUCGGAACUGCCCUGAGUUGGAUUCUCAUGUUAGCGUUACUAUCAGCAAUGGAAAACUAGGAUUACCCAUAAUUCAUAGGAAGAAAAAUUCACAUAUAGAUAUUCAUUUUAAGACUAGAUCUUUCAAAACAAUACUGAUAUUGUUUAUUGCCUUAACAAUUUGCUGGACACCCUAUGGCAUUAAUCUAAUGAUUAGCAAUAUCACCGGUUCUUACGAGUGUGUUCGAAGUACCAUUUUGAUAUGGAUCGGUUUUGUAAAAUGUGCAGUAAAUCCAAUUAUUUAUUUCAUUUACAUUUCUAAAUUUAGAGAAGCGUGUGAAGAAUACAUCCCGACGUCUUUUAAAUUUUCCAUGAAAAUCAGGGUUUUCAACAAAAGGAGAAUAAAUCCUGCAGCUAUAUACUUGUACAAGGACAAGGCUGGGACUGAAGGCAAUAAAUAAAGACAA